AUGCUGGUGCCUGACGACGAGUGCUUUGCAGCCAACGUCACAUGGACGUACAAUGUCAUCGAGCUGUAUGAGUAUGAGCGCGACUUCCCAAAGUAUCUGCGCGACUUCCCAAAGUAUCUGCGCGACUUCCCAAAGUAUCUGCGCGACUUCCCAAAGUAUCUGCGCGACUUCCCAAAGUUUCUGCGCGACUUCCCAAAGUACCUACGCGACCCCAAGUGCCGCAAGAGGAAUGCGUGGAGCUACAUGGAUGCAGAGACCUGGGCCAGAUUCUGCCACGGCUGUGUCGACAAGGAUGGCCUGGGAUUCCAGGUCUUCAACGCGAUCAACGACACCAUCACAGCCACCCUGACCACCAGGCACUUCCUUGAGCAGUGGUGUCCGAACACACCCAUCACGAGAGAGCUGGAGGCGUGGGAGGCACCGAUGAGUAACAAGAAGAUCUGGGACGUGCUGGGCUUCAGGGAGGAGCACGACUGGAAGAAGUACUACCACCCUGGUAGUGUCCUCCAAUAG